AUGUUUCGGGUGCAGGCGAGAGCGGGACAAAUGAUUCAGAUUUUCUGCGGGAGCGAGUGGGAGCGGGAUGAAAUCUUAUGGGAGUGGGUGAAGGUGGAUCAUAAGACUGCAGGACGGAGAAAGAUAAAAGUGACCUGUAGCUCCACCUGCAGCCUCAGUGGAAACUUUAACUACCACUGGUACAGAAAUGGAGAAUACAAGACACAUACAGAUGUUGCCUACACUGUGCUGGACUCUACCAAUUCAUCUCAUGAGGGCAGCUACUACUGUGGGAUGUAUGACAGCAGCGAUAAGUGGCAUCUGUCUCAUUCAGUGUGUGUUUUGGGUAAAGAGUGUUGGGGUGUGACUUACACUCCUGAACGUGUGUGUGCUCUGAAAGGAUCAUCAGUUGAUCUCUCCUGCUCUUAUAAACACCCUGGAGGACACACAGUGACUAGAUCAGUGUGGUUCAUUAAAGAGCAGGCUGGUGCUGAGCCUGUGGAUGUGAGAGAAGAUGAGGAGUAUCAGGGACGAGUGCAGUACAGACAGAGCUUCCAGAAUGACUGUAGUAUGAGAAUCACUCACCUGAGAGAGAGAGACGCUCAAACAUACAGAUACAGAUUCUACACUGAUGGAGGUGAAUACACUGGAGAACCUGGAGUCACUCUGUCUGUCACAGAUCUGGAGGUAACAGUGUCAGAGAUGCAUCAGGGGAGAAAGGUACUGAGAUGUAGCAGCAACUGCACUCUGCCCCACAACCCAGCUUACAUCUGGUACAAGAAUGGACAGCCUGUUUCUAAUCAGUAUAGUAAUGAACUGUAUCUGACUGACAGAACUGUGGAGGCAGGCAGCUACUCCUGCGCUGUAAGAGGACACGAGAAGCUCCGCUCACCUGCUGUCUGUGUUUUUGAUCAGAACAGCUGCUGGAGUGUGUCUUACUCCACCCAGAAUAUCUGCGCUCUCAUUGGCUCAUCAGUGGACAUCCAUGGUUACUACACCUUCCCUGGUGAGCAGCUUGACCCCCAGCCUGCCUGGUACAAAGAGCUGAGUCCUGCAGACGGCAGAGUGGAGUUUUUCAGUAACAGAGUUAAUAUGAACACAUUGAGAAUGAAACAUCUCAGAGAGAGUGACUCAGCAGAAUAUCUCCUCCGUUUUAAAGCUCCCUACUGGAAUCACACACACAGCUCUGCUGGGGUCUCUCUCUCUGUCACAGGCCUGCAGGUGAAAGUGGAACCUGUUCCAGUCACAGUGUCAGAGGAACAGACAGUAACACUGAUGUGUAGCAGCACCUGCACUCUGCCCAACAACCCCACUUACAUCUGGUACAAGAACAGACAGCCUGUGAUUCACAGCAAAUCUGCCUCAUGCUCUGUAGCUGUGGUCAGUGGUGUGGUCAGCUACAGCUGUGCUGUUGAAGGCCAUGAGAGCCUCCUCUCUCCUCCAGUGUAUUCUCCAAGAAACACCAGUGCAGUGAUCAUUCCCUCUGGAGAGAGAGUGGAGGGAGAUUCAGUGACUCUGAGCUGCAGCAGUGAUGCAAACCCUCCUGUUCUCACCUACUCCUGGUUUAAGCAGAGAGCAGCUGCAGACGCACCGCUGACAACAGGCCAGAAUUACACCAUCACCAAUAUCAGCUCCCAGCACAGUGGACUCUACUACUGCACCGCUCACAACCAGCUAGGACUGCACAGCUCAACACCCACCAGUCUGGAUGUGUUACACUCAGCUGAGUUGUGGAAGCUGAAUGCUGUUUGGGGAGCUGUUGCAACCGUUCUUGUUCUGGCUGUCUCUCUUCUUACUGCUGUUCUGUGCAUUAAGAGGAAGAGAGGAGCAGAGAGAGACUCAGAUAUUCAGACUCCAGAUCCUGCAGACCACACAUACACAGCUCUGAAUCCCACCACCAUGACCUCAGAUUACGACACUCUACAACAUCUUACAGACUCUCCCAGUGACACAUACUCAACACUAAACCCUGAAACCAUGAGCUCUGAUUACGACACUCUGACAGCUGUUCAUCCUCACGGAGAGAAGAGAAGAGCUCCAGAGAUGAAGAAUGAAAACUUUUAUGGAGAUCAUAACAAGCCAGAUACUGUCUUAAAGUAAUAUUUGUCACCUGAGUUACUUAUAUUUCUUAAGUAUCUUUUUCCUGUGUUGUACAAAUUCAC